GGAACAUGUGUAUUUUUGAAUUGUCUCACGUUUCUGUAGUUUCUCAUAGCUAAAACAUAGCUGUUCAUCAGGUCUUGAUAGAUUCACUUUGAGUUUGUUCUGCAUAUUUCUAAUUUCGGAGUUUUUUUAUUUUUUUGUACUUAUUUACGCCUAGUAGAUCUAGAUCCAGUUGCAGGCUAACAUUUCAGCUGUCGAAACUUGUUGAGCUUCCAUUUUCGAGAAGAUGAGUUCUUCACCACGACCGGAGGUCAGUCUUACCGGCUGGAGCGACUUGCAGAACUCGAUGGAUGACGAUCCGGAUGAUCCCGUCUCGCACCGGCCGGCGGAGAAGGGGAUGAACUCCGUGAAAGAUCCUGUCGUCGAAAAUCAAAGUGAGCGAGGUAUUGGAAUAUUUUCGGCAGCAGACAGCCCUUCUCCCGUGUUUUUCUUCGUGAUGUCAAAAAGAUGCUGCGCUUGAUUUUUUGGUUUUGGAAUCGAAAGACCCUCACGUAACCACAUGAAAUAGAAAAAAUUAAAAAUAUGCUAUCAACUCCUACAGUUCUGUCUCCGUAUCGCCCGUUGCCGCCGCCGAUUGGUCCCUUGCCUUCAUCUUCGGGCAAGGAAAAAGACAAGACUCCCCAAAAUGCGCUGGACGACAAAUGGCCGGUUCCGUCGCCGCACUACACGGUCGUGCCCAUGGAGGGUACCGCCCCGGCGACGACGCACGAGGUUUUCAUGCUAGCUGGUUCAGCAUCUGUUUCCGAAGCUUAUUUGCCACCGGAGAUUUCUACACCAGGCUCUAACUAUGUUAGUACCUCGGCACCUUUCGUUUCAACUGCUGAUGGCAACUACCCCGCUAGUACGCCGGUUAAUAUGUGCUGGACCACCCCGACUCACGAAGUUGUGCCCGUUCCAGGAGUGUAUGGAGAUGACGCAAACUACUCGUACUACAACGUGCAGCCUGGUGUUCCAACUCAGUUUGUCAACGGGUCGGACGGGGGUUAUUUCGCUGCAGCCUCCUUCUCGCAUCCAGAACAAGUGCAGCGCCAGACUUAUUUCACUUGCGCCGCGCCGGACCCGGACUCCUGGUUCUGUUCCACGCCGGCGGUAGAGACAAACUAUGAAAUGAACAGCGGCAACGGCGGUGAAGAAAAACAGCAACAAGAUGUCUCAUUGGUCAACAAAAACAUGACGUCCACCACUUUUACCGAAGAUGAAUACGAUUUUCCGCAGUAUAAUUUCAAUGACUGUGACAGUACGACGAGGGUUGAUGAGAGAAGCGCAUCGACAUCCGACGUUGCAACGGCGUUGGGUGAACGCGCCCCUGCGCAGCUGAACAACCCUGAAGAUUUUCAUCAUGAUGCCACUUGCUCUACCACUUCUACCCAUGGCGGAAAGAAGAUCAUGGCGGCGAUUUCACCGGAUCUAGAGUCAACUUUGCUGACUGCGGAGCCGACUACGGAGAUGAAAGUGAAACACUGUGCGACGGAUGAUCUCGCAGCGCCCCCGCGCUGUGCUGACGACGGAAAAGAGAUGGCUGGGUCGUUCCAAGGACACGGAAAAAUGGUCUGUCACUCGUCCGCUAGCACUUGUUGCUCCGAUCGAGCCGUUGUCGUGGAAAACAAGGAGUAUCUUCAUGGGUAUCAUGAUGGGGGAGGUUCUUCCGACUUAACGCAACACGUGGAUGACCGCGACGGGGUACAGCUGGUUGUACAUGAUGAACAACAGGUCGUCGCGGACUAUCGCGAUCUCCAUCAAGAAGUCCUCGCACAGACCACAGAGGAGGAACGUGGAAAGCCAACAGUUGUCCGCCAGAAUCGUCAGUUUGUAGCCAAUCACGAAGCUGCGGUCCAGAGCUUACAAGACCACGGAAAAUCGCAGCUAGACAUGGGCCAGCUCGUCAAUCUCGUGUGGUUCGAACAGUAUGCCAAGAAGGAGGUCGAGUUAGUGCGUGACGCGCUGAAAAGCGAUCACGAUGCGCGAGCCGAACUGUGUGGAUUUAUCACACAGAAGACCAGUGGGGCCCUGACCACGGGCAUUAACGCGCUGCAGAAAACACUGGACUGGUGCGGCAACAAAAGCAAACCGCAGCUGGCCUCCCUGCAGAGGUACGAAGUGCGGCAAUUGGAGGAAGAGAUGGCAUUGCGUGCAGAAUGCUUAGAAAAUCAAAGGACAAGCCAGUGUCAAGUGAUCAACACAAUCUUCGGACCCCAAGGACCGGAGACCGACGAGGAAACUGCUAUGCGCCGGAGCAGGGCACUCCAGCUGAAGACUUUGAACGACAAUUAUGACAUAUUCAAGCGGAACUUGGAGCAGGAGAAGACUCUCAGAGCAUCUGCGGUAGUGAUGAAAAUAAAUUUGACCUAGCUUAUUGCGUGCUGGGCGAAGUGGAGUUUACAUCAUUCGUCAUUGUAAUUUCUGAUGAAGAAGCAGAUCAUCAUCAUUUUGGAGCCUAGUGAAAUUAUCUAUCUUGUUCAAGACACUGCAGGAUCCGAGUUAAUAUUCUGCGUUCCACUUUUUAUUCAUCGAGCCCGAAUCCAAAGAAGUGCGCAUGUAGAUGCAUAAAAUUCCACGUGAUCAUACAACGCACAAUACUACAGAUUGACUCCAAGUACAAGUCUCUGCUCGACAAGUACGACGGUGCGCAGGAACACUUGGUCGAGCAGAUUAAGGGGUUAAGCGAGGCGCGGGACCAAGUUCGAGAGAAGGAACUGCCGGUUUACAAACAAAAAAAGGACGAGGCAGAGCGUCGUUCUGAGCAUGCUUUCGCAAAGAUCGUGGAACUUCUCAAACUUGCGAUUGACGCUUCUGCGUGGUACGGCCGCGCGCUGGUUCCGGAGUCAGGAGGUGACGGUGGGGCGCCGUCUUGCGCCGGGACGGCGACGGUGUAUCAAUGAAUUCCGAUCUAAAUCAAGAUGACCACAUCAUCUUCAUACAUUUACGACGAUAGUGCAACGUAUAGGAUACAGCUUUGUGACCUAUCGGCCGUGCUAUCAGAUCAUCCAUCAAAAAAAAAAAAUUCCAAGAAAUACCAUAAAAAAGAAGAAUUGAGAUCGAUACAUAUAUAAAUUCCUUUGAAAAACUGAGCAAUAACAUACGUAUUCAUAUAUACGACCAUGUUUCGAUAUUCAGACUUCUCUGAUGUUAGUAAGCGACGAUAAGCGAUGUGCGGUGCUGCAGUGAGAAACCCUCGAGAUGCAGCUUGAACGAACUCGAGCCCAAACCUCCGCACGCCCCCCCCUAGUGCAGGAUAAAUGAUGAUGAUGACGUAUGUAGGUUAUCGCAGUUCCUUUGAAAAACCAAGCAGCGACCUAGCUAGGUCUAGGUCUGUGCUGAUUGAACCUUCAGUCACCGCAGAAUGUGAAGUGGCAACAUCAAUCGGUUGUAUUUCUAAAAAGCGCAACUUACAC